GGUUCAGUUAAGAACGAUAAGCGAACGCGUUUGGACGUGUCCCCAAAGAGUUAACAAAGUUUUCACCGUCAAAUAUCACAUAGACCCCAAAAAUGGCACCAGCUGAUCGUUGCGGUGGACCACCACGUCGUGGACCCAUUAUCAAUGUGCAGAUUGCACCACGUUGGCCCCGGCGCCAUCAUCACAACAAUGUUGUCGUUGUGCAGGCGCCGCCGCCGCCGCCGCGUCCGGCGCCCGUUGUGGUUGUACAGCAGGCGCCACCACCACCGCGGCCAGCACCCGUUGUUGUUGUACAGCAGCAGCCGCCGCCGCCCUAUUACCAGCAGCCGCCAUCAGAUGGACACUAUCACAAUCCACCUCCCCGCUACUAGAAGGAGGCGGAGGAAGCGUUCUUCGUUCCAUGAAUUUGCUCAGCACAAAUAUUUCGUAGACAUGUAGACAAGCUUUAUUAUCACACAAGAAAUCACCUGAACACCUGAACAACUGGAAAAAAAAUUAUAUAUAUGUAUUAUAACUUAUCAAAUUUGUGUUCAAUUUACUUUGGCUAGCGCUUAUCGAACUUUUCUUAUCUAUGCGAUAAGCCCGCUAUCAAUGGCGUCUAUAGGCGAUAAGCUCUAUGCCAGCUGUGGCUUUGGAUUAUGUAUUGAUUAUUGAGGCAUUCAUCGCACAUAAACAUAAACUAUAAGUCAAAAUAUUGCCCGGCAUAGCCAGCCAUUAUUAAUAACGAGGGUUGGCCCGCGAGAACCGUAUAUACUAAAACUUCUGGGAAGUGAUUUCCAAAAGUAUUGCUAAGACGAGUCCCAGUCAAAAUGACUUCACUUCAAGUACGCUUUAACUAGGGAAAAUAUAUAAAUUUCAAAAGUUUUCUAGAAUUUAUUUAAGUUGAAUAAAUACUGAAAAAGUA